UCUGUGUGCUAACUAAGCUUACCUAUAAGGGAGAGUAACACCUGCUGCUGCUCCGUUAGUUCAGAGGAGAAGGCAGGUUGCUCGCUGUUGACUCCGGGUGAAGGAACAGGCAGAGAUGGCUGCAACUACUGCUCAGCCAAUGGGGAGCCUGCCCAGCGGACUGGGGAUAUGCACCACGGCCCCGGAUAUAUUUUACCUGCCUGAACUGGUGUUUGGUGGUUUGGUGUGGAUCUUGGUGGCGUCGACCCACGUGGAGCCACCAAACCCUCUGGGCUGGGUGAUGUUCGUCUCCGUGUUCUGCUUCGUCAUGACCUUCCUCUGGAUGAUCAUCUUCGCUGCCGGGGGUCAUAAGAACGGCUCUGGCUGGGCUGCCGCUGACUUUGCCUACCACGGCCUGGCAGCCUUCUUCUACCUCAGUGCAGGUGUGGACUUGGCUUACAUCACCUUUCAGAAGAGAUCAGGCACAUUUAAAAUCUACCAGAUCGACAUCGCUGCUGUGGUGUUCGCCUACUUGGCCACACUCCUCUACUUCAUCCACACCAUCCUCUCCGCCAUCCGAUGGAAAAACUUCUGAAGGUCGACGCUGAUUCACAAACCUGUGUGACCAAGAAGAACUUUGCCUCCUGUGUGUGUGUGUGUGUGUGUGUAUGCACAGUGGAAUUACACAUACAAGUGACAUCAACCUGCUCAGACUCAUAAUGAAGGAUUUAAGCCCCAUUUAAUAAUGUUUAGUGAAGGUUGAGUGGGUGGGGAUUUGUGAAUAAGCACCAAACAAAAAAAAAGAAAACAUUUAAAGCAUGCAGGAGAAAGAGUGAACAAUGGCAGCAAAUGGAGAGCUGUAACCUA